UACAGGUUCUGCUCGUUGCCACAGCCCACAGAGCGAGCUAGCAGGCAGCUUAGCGCCUUAGCAACAUAGCAGCUAGCGCGCGGACACAGGCACACGCGUACGUCGUCUCUUCGCGGCUAGCUACUCCCUCUCCGAGCUGGAGUAGUUUGCAAUGGCUACGAACCCCGGCAUCCUCAGCGAGUGGCCAUGGAAGAGGCUCGGUAGCUUCAAGUACCUUGUGCUGGCGCCAUGGGUGGUGCACGGGUGUCACCUGGCGGCGACCAAAGGGUGGCGGGAGCUGGACCUGGGGUACGUGGCCAUCCUGCCGUCGAUGCUGCUCCGGGCGCUCCACGACCAGGCCUGGAUCACCGUGUCCCGCCUCUACAACGCGCGCGGCAAGCGCCAGAUCGUCCGCCGUGGCAUCGAGUUCGACCAGGUCGACCGCGAACGCAACUGGGACGACCAGAUCAUCCUGAGCGCCAUCCUGCUGCUUCUGGGCGCGGUUUACCUGCCGGGCGGGCAGCACCUGCCGCUGUGGAGGACGGACGGCGCGGUGCUGCUCGCGCUGCUGCACGCGGGCCCCGUGGAGUUCCUCUACUACUGGUUCCACCGUGCGCUGCACCACCACGUCCUCUACACCCGCUACCACUCGCACCACCACGCCUCCAUCGUCACGGAGCCCAUCACAUCCGUUAUCCAUCCAUUUGCUGAGCUCUUGGCCUAUCAACUGUUGUUCUCAAUCCCAAUGAUCACCUGCGCCUUGACUGGAACUGCUUCAAUUAUCACGUUCGAGAUCUAUGUGAUCUACAUUGACUUCAUGAACAACAUGGGCCACUGCAACUUCGAAUUGGUACCUAAUUGGCUCUUCGAAUGGAUCCCCCCUCUCAAGUAUCUCAUGUACACACCAUCAUUUCAUUCUCUACACCACACCCAGUUCCGGACGAACUACUCUCUUUUUAUGCCAUUCUAUGACUACAUAUACAACACCAUGGACAAGUCAUCGGAGACGCUGUAUCAAGACUCACUCAAGGACAAGAACGAGGAGAAAGAAGUAGAUGUGGUUCACCUUACCCAUCUUACCAGCCUGCAGUCCAUUUAUCAUAUAAGGCCCGGGUUCGCGCAAUACGCUUCCAGGCCAUACACUUCCAUGUGGCACCUGCGGAUCAUGUGGCCUGUGUCAUGGUUGUCCAUGGUGCUGACAUGGUCGUAUGGUUCUUGGUUCACUGUUGAGAGAAAUGUCAUGGGCAAACUCAGGAUGCAGUCUUGGGCUAUACCAAGAUACAGGUUCCAUUAUGGAUUGAAACAGGAAAAGGAAGCAAUCAACGACCUGAUUGAGAAGGCGAUAUCCGAAGCUGACAAGAAGGGAACUAAAGUUGUUAGUCUCGGACUGCUGAAUCAGGCACAUAACCUCAAUCGAAGUGGAGAACUAUAUCUGCAGAAAUACCCAAAGUUGGGGGUAAGGAUCGUGGAUGGCACCAGCUUAGCCGCUGCUGUGGUUGUCAAUAGCAUCCCCAAGGGCACAAAUCAAGUUAUCCUUGCAGGAAAUAUUUCAAAGGUGGCCCUUGCUGUUGCUUCAGCAUUGUGCAAAAAAAAUGUCAAGGUCAUACUGACAAACAAGCAGGAUUACCAUUCCCUUAAGCCCAAUAUACCACAAAAUUCAGCCAGCAAUCUUGUACUAUCAAACACUGACAGCGCAAAGGUGUGGGUGAUUGGAGAAGGUCUGGAUGCUGCUGAACAGCUCAAGGCAGAGAAAGGCACACAGUUUAUCCCAUACUCGCAGUUCCCACCAAGAAUGGUACGCAAGGACUGCUGCACUUAUUUGACUACUCCUGCGAUGAGUGUACCUAAAACAAUGCAAAACCUGCAUUCAUGCGAGAAUUGGCUGCCAAGGAGGGUCAUGAGUGCAUGGCGCAUCGCUGGAAUUGUUCAUGCGUUGGAGGGAUGGAAGGAAGACGAGUGCGGAGACACGGUGCUAGACAUGGAGAAAGUAUGGUCUGCUGCAGUUAUGCAUGGGUUCAGCCCCGUUGCUCAUGCUUGAUGCUCUCUGGUUGUGGUCAGUAAGUCAGUUGUAUGAAUUUAACGUAGCGAUGCCCAUGAUUAUAUUGUAAGGACAACUGUAAUGUCUAAGUAGUUUGAUCUGCCAUGGUUGGCUAUUUACUACACUAUGGUACUACUAAAUUUCUAUGAUCAAAAACAAACUAUGGGUUAAUUAUGUAUACUGCUGUUCAGUUUGUUGCACGAAUAAUGUAAUUGAGGUAUCAAAGAAAAAA